AGUAACAAUUGUAUUGAUCCCCCUAUAGCGGGUGCCGGCCUAGCUGUGGUCCUUUCCCGCUGCUGCCUCAUGCAACAUGUCUUCCGAAGGAUAUUCAGAACAAAGUGGCCCGGAUGAUGUUUCACAUGGCAUGGACCAUGAUCUUAUUGAGUCUAACUGGGAUGAAGUCGUUGAGAGUUUUGAUGAUAUGAACUUGAAGGAGGCUCUCCUACGAGGAAUCUACGCGUAUGGUUUCGAAAAGCCAUCCGCUAUUCAGCAAAGAGCUAUUCGUCCUUGCUGCCAAGCACGCGAUGUUAUCGCCCAAGCUCAAUCAGGAACUGGCAAAACUGCCACCUUUGCCAUUUCCAUCUUGCAAGAAAUAGACACCAACUACAAAGACAAAAAUGGCUGUGACUGCUGCCAGGCGCUAGUCCUGGCCCCGACGCGUGAGUUGGCCCAGCAGAUUCAGAAGGUGGUGCUGGCCCUGGGUGACUACAUGCACGUCAAGUGCCACGCCUGCAUUGGUGGAACCAAUGUCAGGGAGGACCGUAUGAAGCUUGAAGAGGGUGUCCAUGUUGUGGUUGGGACACCAGGUCGUGUCUUUGAUAUGAUCAACAGGGGAGUUCUCAACACAAGAGACAUCAAGCUGUUUGUACUUGAUGAGGCUGAUGAGAUGUUGUCACGGGGAUUCAAGGAUCAAAUCUAUGAUGUGUUCACACGUCUGCCUACAAGUGUCCAGGUUGUGCUACUGUCUGCCACUAUGCCCACUGACGUCCUGGAAGUGACCAAUAAGUUCAUGCGUGAUGUUGUCCGCAUCCUUGUGAAGAGGGAGGAAGUGACCCUGGAGGGAAUCAAGCAGUUCUUUGUCCUUGUAGAAAAGGAGGACUGGAAGCUCGAUACUCUCUGUGACUUGUACGAGACUCUCACCAUUACACAAGCAGUUAUAUUUGCUAACACAAGGCGGAAAGUUGACUGGCUUGCAGCCAAGAUGACGGAGAAGGACCACACCGUCUCCUCCAUGCAUGGAGACAUGUCCCAGAAGGAGCGUGACAUUAUUAUGAAGGAGUUCCGCUCUGGCUCCAGCCGUGUGCUCAUCACCACUGACCUUUUGGCUCGUGGUAUUGAUGUCCACCAGGUGUCUCUUGUCAUCAACUAUGAUCUGCCAAGUAACAGGGAAAAUUACAUUCACAGGAUUGGCCGUGGUGGACGUUUUGGCCGUAAAGGUGCAGCUAUCAAUUUUGUGACAAAUGACGAUGUGCGGAUGUUGAAGGACAUAGAGCAAUACUAUAACACAAAAAUAGAGGAAAUGCCUAUGAACGUGGCUGAUCUCAUCUAAUAUGGACUUGUCAACUAAACAUCUGCCAUGGCUUCAUGAUGGCAGGGAAGAAAGAAAAAAAGAGAAAAAACUGGAAAUGUGCCAAACCAAGAAAAUAUAACAGCGCCACAGACCACACCCUGGGCUAUGAUUCACUGUCAGUAACUGCACAUCAGGACAAAUGAUAAGCAAACUUGUUUCAGUUAUCAGUCCCGUUCCAGUGAUGUACCAAUCCUGAGUACUGACACCAUGCAAUAGGCUUAAAAAAUGUACAGAAUUUUUACUUAGCUGGUUUAGGUCGUCAGGUUUAGUACAUUAGUCCCGCAUUGUGCUUUUUGUAGUCCUACUCAUUGAAGCAGGGCUAAAAUUGGCAAAUUGCUGUGAAAUGUUUUCAUCCCUGAAUCAGGGGGAACAAGGCUGUACUUUGCAUCCCUAAUAAAUAUAUGUUGGUGGUAA